GUGUCGUUCUCCCCCUUCCUCCUCGUGAGCUCCGCCUCCGCCUCGCUACUCGCCAGCCAGCCAUCCACCUCAGCUGCUAGCCUACUACAAGGUUCGCGGCCGCACCCGCAUGCUCCUUCGCCCUUCUCGCCUCCCACGCCUCCCGCCUCGCUGCCUCCGCUCGGUCUCCCCGAUGGCCUCUACUCUCGCCUUGCUCAGGCCCUCCGCGCCGAGCCCUCUCGCCGCCACGAGCGCGCGGAGCUCGGCGGCCGCCGUCAGGGUGCCGUCCAGAUCUCGGGUUUCUCUCAGGGUGUCCCUCGGAUCGGAAGUUGCGGCAGGCCCCGACACGCUCUUCGCUGACUACAAACCCACCACCGCAUUCCUCUUCCCCGGGCAGGGUGCUCAGGCUGUUGGAAUGGGUAAAGAUGCUCUUAAUGUUCAAGCAGCCGCGGAACUAUUUGAUAAGGCAAAUGAUAUACUUGGCUAUGACUUGUUGAAUCUUUGCAUCGAUGGACCAAAAGAAAAGUUGAACUCAACAGUAAUCAGUCAGCCAGCUAUAUAUGUUACCAGCCUUGCAGCUGUAGAGGUGUUGCGUGCACGUGAAGAUGGCCAGUCCGUAAUAAACUCUGUAGAUGUCACAUGUGGUCUCAGCUUGGGAGAAUAUACCGCGCUUGCAUUUGCUGGUGCUUUUAGCUUUGAGGAUGGCCUGAAGCUCGUUAAGCUUAGAGGAGAGGCCAUGCAGGAUGCUUCAGAUGCUGCCAAUAGUGCAAUGGUUAGUGUGAUUGGUCUAGAUUCAGAAAAGGUGCAACAAUUAUGCGAUGCUGCUAACGAGGACGUAGAUGAAAAGGAAAAAGUUCAAAUAGCAAAUUUUCUGUGUCCUGGUAACUAUGCAGUUUCUGGUGGUGUGAAGGGUAUCGAAGCAGUUGAAGCCAAAGCGAAGUCUUUUAAGGCCAGAAUGACGGUUCGCCUUGCUGUUGCUGGUGCUUUCCAUACAAGCUUCAUGCAACCUGCUGUUUCAAGAUUGGAAUCUGCAUUGGCAGCUACAGAGAUUAGAUCACCAAGGAUCCCAGUCAUCUCCAAUGUCGACGCACAGCCCCACUCAGAUCCUGGCACAAUCAAGAAGAUUUUAGCACAACAGGUAACUUCUCCUGUACAAUGGGAAACUACUGUGAAUAAUCUCUUGGGUAAAGGCCUUGAGAAAAGCUAUGAACUCGGACCUGGAAAGGUUAUAGCAGGAAUCAUUAAAAGGAUCAACAAAGGUGCCAGCAUCGAGAACAUUGGUGCUUGAGACCUAGAGUUUUCAAGACUGUAGGAUCAGAUAAUAAGGUUAGAGGGCUGCUUGGGUCUGAGCAUGCUCCUGGUGGAGGUACCAAAUUUUAGAGCAUGAAAGGUUUGCACCUUUGGGGAGAUUCCCUGCGAUUUGUGAGGAACAUGUAUGAAUGUUAUAGAAUGUAUUUUUCGGUGUCUAGAGUUAGAUUUUUUUUCAUCCGUAUAUUUACUUCUGUUGAGUCGUUCAGUCUGCCCUCAAAUUUGCGAGGAACAUAUACCGGAUGUUGUACAAUGAAGUUUCAGUGCCUACAGUUUACUCAA